AUGGAAGAUAAUCUCGAAUACACCUUCGAACAACGGCUGGCCUGGCUUGAGGGCAAGUCCGAACAAUGGGCCUUCCUAGAAGAAAGGGUGCCCAAGCUCGAAGAUAUUGUGAUCAAGCAGGAUAAUGAAAUCAGUAUUCUACGUUCCACAGUAGAUGGACUGUUGGAGCAACUGAAUUGUGUCCAGGCACUAGCUGAUGAGGCACUCGACAAGUGUGCCACUAUGCAUGCUCCUCAAGGCUUUGGGGGCAGUGGGGGUGCAAAGAUAAAGCCGCCCAAGCCCCAAACCUUUGAUGGGGCAAGAGAUUCGAAGCAAGUCGACAACUUCAUCUUUGACAUGGAACAAUACUUCCGGAUUUGUCAAAUAGAGGAUCCCUUCAAGGUGGAUACUGCCACCAUGUAUUUAGUGGAGGACGCGAAGUUGUGGUGGCGCACCAAAUAUGCCGACAUUCAAGCAAAACGAAUCACGCUUGAUAGUUGGGAGGAUCUCAAGAAGGAGAUCAAGAACCAGUUCUGCCCGGAUAACACCGAGUUCGUGGCUCGCACAAAGUUAACCACCCUACACCACAGGACUUCCAUUCGAGAAUAUGUGAAGGAAUAUUGUGCGUGCAUGUUAGAGAUCCAAGAUAUGUCAGAGAAGGAUCGGUUGUUCAACUUUGUGCGAGGUUUGAAGGAUUGGGCGCAACGUGAGAUUUGGCGCCAAAAGAUAGACACUCUAGCUGGUGCUAUAGCAGCAGCUGAGAAGUUAAUGGAUUACUCACCCGAUAAGGGCCCUAAUCAGAAGAAGGGGAACAAUGGACAAGCAACAAGCACUCCUAGAAGCCAACACCCCGCCUCCCAAGUUAGCUCAAACAAUGUUGGGAGUAGGUACAACAAGAUUGUGGGGGACGACUCUAGAAGGAGUGGAGCUUCCUCUUCAUCAAGUAAGGGAAGCACAUCAACCUUCUCAACAGGGAACAGACCCCUAACAUGCAUCCUCUGUCGGGGCCCUCACAAGUGGUUCGAAUGCCGUCAUAAGGGAGAAAUCGAUAGUCUCCAAAAGAAGUUAUCGGCGAUGACGGUGGAGUCAAAACAGACCGAAGAAGCAUGCGAGGUAGAACCCGAUGAGGAAGAGCCCUCAAGGCUGGGCGCGGUGCACAUGUUGUACGCCAUGGGAAAGGAAGAGCCCGAGGAGAGGUCCAAAAACACUGAGUUGAUGUAUGUAGAAGUGUUGGUGAAUGGGAGGAGGGGCAAUGCGAUGAUUGACACCGGGGCCACCCAUAACUUCAUAUCCCAAGGAGAAGCUCGAAGAUUGGGGCUGAAGUUGAUUCAAGAAGGGGGUAGUAUGAAAUCUGUUAACUCAGCCGCCAAGCCAGUUCAUGGGGUUGCAAGGAACAUCCCAACAAAGCUGGGGGACUGGAGCGGAAACCUGGAUUUCACUGUAGCCACCAUGGAUGACUUUAACCUUGUACUCGGUAUGGACUUCCUACGUGCAAGUAAAGCUGUCCCGAUGCCCCACCUGGGGUCAGUAUUAGUAGCUGGACAACAACCUUGCCUCCUCAAGACUUGCAAGAUGAGAAAAGGGUCUAAAGGCCCCCUCCUUUCGGCAAUGCAACUAAAAAAGGGGUUGAAAAGGAACGAACCCACAUUCCUUGCUACUCUAUCAGGGAAAGAAGAUGAAGCCCCUCAUCAAAUCCCCGCAGCUUUAGAUAAGCUUCUCACGGAAUUUGAGGACCUCCUCCCCAAAGAGCUCCCACAGGUGCUUCCUCCUAGGAGGGCUGUGGAUCACGAGAUUGAACUUGUUCUUGGUUCGAGGCCCCCUGCUCGAGGCCCUUACCGUAUGGCCCCUCCCGAGCUAGCGGAACUUAGAAAGCAACUGGAAGACUUACUAGAGUCAGGAUUCAUCCGCCCCUCGAAAGCUCCUUAUGGAGCUCCCGUGCUCUUCCAGAAGAAACAAGAUGGGAGCCUCCGAUUGUGCAUAGACUACCGAGCCCUCAACAAGGUCACAGUGCGGAAUCAUUACCCCAUUCCGUUGGUGGCGGACUUGUUCGAUCAACUAGGGGAUGCAGUGUUCUUCACGAAGUUGGAUCUGAAAUCUGGCUACCACCAGGUUCGCAUUGCUCAAGGAGAUGAACCGAAGACCGCAUGUGUAACGAGAUAUGGAGCAUUUGAGUGGCUAGUUAUGCCGUUUGGGUUGACCAAUGCCCCCGCAACCUUCUGCACCUUGAUGAAUCAGGUGUUCCAUGAAUUUCUCGACAAGUUUGUAGUGGUGUACCUGGAUGACAUUGUAAUUUAUAGCAAGACCUUUGAAGAACACCUCGACCACUUGAGAAAGGUGUUUGAGAAGCUGCGAAAACAUCAUCUGUUCGUCAAGAGAGAAAAAUGUGCUUUCGCCCAAGAAGAAGUUGGGUUCUUGGGACACUUUGUAGGUAAAGGCCGCAUAAGGAUGGAUCCAAAGAAGAUACAAGCAAUUUAG